AUGUCUACCAACAACGAGCAUUCACAAUCACAGAAUGUCAAUUCAGAAUCCAAAUCCCAGGCGUCAUCACCUCAUAAUAUCAAUGUUCCGUUAAAUAAUAACAACAUAAACAACAAUGUUGUUGAUUUGGGUCGAAAAGAACAAUCUCCAAAACAGCCAACAACUGUUAAUGUCAAAGAUUUAUUAACAGGAGGUGGUCAUCAUAAUCUAAAAUCACCCAAUUCUGAUCAUUUUCCGUCUUCAUCUGUUCUUUCUACCCCUCCGUCUUCUCAUCGUAGUCAAGAAAGCAAACUAUAUAAAGAACAGAACGCCGUUGUCAUGGCAUUGAUCGAUAAGAUAUCUACUUCUGAUGAAGAAGGACGUUCAAAGCAACGAAUGCUUAAGCAUGCUGCCAAGAAGUACGCCAGUGCGAUUGAGAGCAAUCCAAAUGAUUAUGAUGCGCUUUAUAAUUGGGCACUAGUUCUGCAGGAAAGUGCGGAUAAUGUGAAUGCAGAUACUAAUUCGUCUUCCAAAGAUGCUUUACUUGAAGAAGCUUGCAAUAAGUAUGAUGAAGCUACCCAACUAAACCCUUCGCUACAUGAUGCUUAUUAUAACUGGGCUAUUGCCAUAUCUGACCGAGCCAAACUCCAUGGCCGUACAAAGGAAGCUGAAGAAUUAUGGAAGCACGCAACAAAGAAUUAUGAAAAAGCCAUUCAACUUAAUUGGAAAAGUCCCCAAGUUCUAAACAACUGGGGGCUUGCUUUACAGGAACUGAGUGCAAUUGCUCCUGCACGAGAAAAACAGUCAAUAGUAAAAUCUGCAAUCAGUAAGUUUCGUGCGGCAAUACAGUUGCAGUUUGAUUUCCAUAGAGCAAUUUACAACCUCGGCACUGUUCUGUACGGAUUAGCAGAAGACACAUCAAGAACUGGAGUACUAGUUCUUGGAAACGAGGCUUCCUCCAAUGAAUUAUACAGUCAAGCUGCUAUCUAUAUCGCUGCUGCUCAUGCAUUGAAACCAAGUUACUCGGUUUACAGCAGUGCCUUAAAGCUCGUCCGCUCCAUGCUUCCUUUACCUUAUAUAAAGGUUGGAUAUCUGAUGGCACCGCCAGUGGGAAAUCCAGUUGCUCCUCAUAGUGACUGGAAACGCUUUCAGUUUGUUUUGAACCACGAAGGACUUCAACAGAUCCACAAUGAUGAGCAAAAACACAUAUCCAGAGACGAUAAAAUUAAUGACAUACCAGCAAUCAAAGUUGAAAUUCCAGAUGUUGUCUCAGUAACAGUCUGCUCAGAUCUAACUUUACCGCCUGGUCCUUCCAUUUGUAUUGAUACAAUUCAUGGACCGACCUAUUUGAUUGCAGAUUCAUGGGAAUAUUUGGAGGCAUGGAUUGAUGCUAUACGGCUAGUUUACACGAUAUUUGCAAGGGGUAAGAUUGAUGUUCUGGCUGGCAUAAUAACUGGAUAGAAUUUUGUUAGUAUUGCGAAUGAUAUUGUUUUUCUUUCUAAAUUCCAGAUCUUAUUAGAGUUUGCCUUUCAUGUAAGCUUUUUGUA